AUGCCCGUGCAGCUCCUGCCUGCGUCGGCCGCCGCCUUCGCCCCGCGCGCCUCAUCAGUCAACGUCGUGCUUGGCUCCAAGGUCGAGCCGUGGCUCACGCAGACGCUCAAGCGGAUAAACCGAGUCAAGCGCCCCCUCAACAGCGUCCCGCAACAUCAAAGAUGCCUCGCCGAGACGCUUUCGUCGCCCAACGCCAUCUGGACACUGGCCUCUCUCAUGUUGCCCAAGCUCCCCGACGUUGAGAUGCCCAAGGAUCCCCUCGAGAACCUCUUCAGCUACCAGCUCAUCCACAUCGAGGCUUACAUCGUCCACGUCGACAUGGUGCUGCGCAACGAGGUCGCCUACAAGCUGACGACGGAUUCCAUCGAUGCCCUGGUCGAGUAUCACAAGGAGAUUCACUGCGUUGACGCCAAGGCCAACACGUACGAAUGGUCCGAGAAGGAGCAACAAUGCAAGAAGCUCCACGACGACUUUGUCCAGGCAAUCAACAAGUUCGUCUUCCGCGCCCAUGUUUCGGCUCUCGAGGGUCUCGAGGAGGAGGGUGCUGGCGAGUUGCUCUGCGGCAAGAGCGAGGAGGUCAAGGCCAGCCUCAUGGGCCUCAUGAAGCCCCUGCUGCCUCCCCCGCCCCGCGUCGUCGACGUAGUCCGCCAGCCGCCCUUGCUCCCCAGCUCACCCAUCAACAGCCUGUGGUCUCAACCCGCCUCGCUGCCCGCCGUCGACGCCUGGAGAGUUCUUCCCUCUAGCCCCAGCGUCACAUCGACAUCUGCCGACUCCAGCCACACCACGCCUGUCUGGGCCAACAUGGCCAUGAGCGAUGUCCAGAUCCCGUCUCCGUCGCCGGCCUUUAGCCAGCCGCACUCCACAGCUGGGUUCUUUUUCAGCACGGCGCCGGUCACCGCCCCGAUCCCGGCUCUACCCCUCCCAAGUAUGCUGGCACCGUCUCAGUGUGGCGUCAGCAGCAUCGGCAUGGGAGGCAUGGGCCCCAUGGGUGGCAUGGCCGGCAUGGGCAACUUCGGCUGGGACCGCUACCAAGAAUACGCCACCAUCAUGUGA